CCUUGCCAAACAGGAUGAUCCAGGGUUGUCCUUUUUGCCUGGAGAGCAUAAAUACCACUGGGGAGCUCUGUGAGACUGCAGUUGGUAGGAGCUGCUGAGCUGAGAGACCUUGCAUUCCUCGCACCUCCUAAGGCUUAUUUCAUCCUUUCCCCCCCUCCUCCUCGUUUAAAUAUUUCAGAUAUAUAAUUUAUUUUCCACAAGCAGGCUUGGAGGAGCUACAAAUCCCAAGUCCCCAGGAAAUACUCGACGAGACCCGCGCUGAGCCACAGGAGACCCUGCAAGAAAACCUACAGUCGUCUUCGUCUCCGCUUCUGCUGGCCGAGGAGGAGGCGGCAUGAAUCCUGCCCUGCCUUGGAUCCUUCCUUUUGGAUGUGUUCUGCUCCUGACAAAGGCAGCUGAAUGCUUUAUCUUGCCCAACUCGAGUCACUUGGAGAACAUUCUGAGUAAAUAUCAGGAUGGGGAAACUCACUCCAGAUCCAAGAGAGCAAUUUUAUUCUCAGACAGACAGGAGAUACUGAUGCUCCACAAUAAACUGAGAGGCCAGGUGUACCCAGUGGCCUCUAAUAUGGAAUACAUGACCUGGGAUGAUGAGCUGGAAAGAUCAGCCCACGCUUGGGCUCAGCAGUGCAUCUGGGACCAUGGGCCUAGUGCCCUCAUCAGGUCAAUUGGACAGAACUUGGCGGUUCACUGGGGCAGGUAUCGCUCUCCAGCUUUCCAUGUCCAGUCUUGGUAUGACGAAGUUAAAGAUUACACAUACCCGUAUCCUCACGAGUGCAACCCGUGGUGCCCGGAGAAAUGCACCGGCUCUAUGUGCACACAUUACACCCAGAUAGUCUGGGCCACGACGAACAAGAUUGGCUGUGCCGUGAACGUCUGCAAGCAGAUGAAUGUCUGGGGAGAAAUCUGGGAGAAUGCUGUCUACCUGGUCUGCAACUACUCGCCGAAAGGCAACUGGAUAGGAGAAGCCCCAUACAAGACCGGCCGCCCCUGCUCCGAGUGCCCACCGAGCUACGGAGGAGGCUGCCAGAACAACCUCUGCUACAAAGAUUAUCGUUACGAAGAUCCCGUCAUCACCGAGACGGAUGAGACUAACGAAGUGGAGAUUUCGCAGGUGGCAGAGCAAAAGCCAGUGAGGUUCUACCCUCCGGAAAGCAAGCCCAGCAAAUCCAUCAAGACCAAGAAAAUCAUCCCAGAUUCCUACAUGACGCAAGUUAUUACCUGUGAAACCAAGAUGAGAGACAAAUGCAGAGGCUCGACAUGCAACAGGUAUUUGUGCCCAGCUGGCUGCUUGUACAGUAAGGGAAAGAUCUUUGGAACAUUUUAUUAUGAGAGUGUAAGUACCUUUUAAUAGCUCAUAGAUGUAAUUUGUGGGGAGUGAGUGGUAAUGACAGAAAUGGGAAAUGCCAAAAAUUCUAGUGUAAUUUGGCUUUUCGUGUUCUCCAGUUGUGGUGCUGUAAAAUGGUGCUAAUAUAAAGAUUAUCUAUAUUUUUCCUCAUCUUAGUGAUUGAAAAAAAAAAAAAAAAAAAAAAAAAAAAAAGGCAAAGUGAUUCCAGACAUGACUUUAUCAUGAAUGCCCUUAAUGUGCAAUGAAACCAUGGAAAGUGAGGGA